CGUUUUUGCCCGUUAAGAUUCCCGGGCCAAAGAAAACCGAGGGGUGAAGCGAGUAUCUAUCUUACAUCUGUUCAUGUUCAGCAGCGCGAACAAGUCAGAACACAACUUCAUCUCCCUUACCAUCUGUGUCUAGGUCAAGAAACCCGACACUAUUCAGCAGUAUCACAGCGCCCAAUUCAAUCACAAUGGCUGACAACGGAACUAUCCCCCCGAAGCCUCUCCCCGAAUACUACGUAGGGAACUUCCCUGCGCCGGGACUGCGCCAGAUCGUUAGGCACAUCACCGGCAACACUUCAGAUGGCCAGUCGCGUUUCCUCAUCUCGGACCAUGGCGAGCACUACCGCUACAUGGUUGAGAACCAGGCAGUGGCCAACAUUCUCUACUCUACCAGGGAGAACCCCGUUGACAUGAACGACAACGUGGACAUCAUCAAGGCCCGUGAACAGGAGCCUCCCUUCCACUAUCCCAAUGGAUCCAUCGUCCGCAUGAUUGAUUUUGGUCCCGGGGUCGCGUCGCCUCUCCACCGAGCUCUGACGAUCGACUUUGGCGUCGUUAUCGAGGGAGUCUUUGAGCUCACUCUGGACUCGGGCGAGAAGCGAAUUAUGCGCCAAGGUGAUAUCUGUGUCCAACGGUCCACCAACCACGUAUGGAAGAACGUCACCGGCAACGGAACCUUGCCGGGACGCAUGUUGUUCCUUUUGCUCGACGCCAAGGAGGUCAAGGUUGACGGUAAGAAGGUGGAGGGCGAUCUGGGCGAUUUGCAGAAGGAGUACAAAGGGCGUGGUACCUACUGAUUUUGUAAAUAUCGUCUCUGCAUAUAUGAAAUCGGACUGGCAAGCACUAUGGAUUUCCUGGACCUGAACCAUGCUGAUGUGUGAUGGGAAACGUCGAGUGGCUGCCAUGGAACAUGCGUCUUUCGAGAUUUGAUAGUAUUCCUAAUGCUGUAUGAGGUCCAUUUUUGUAUUUCCUUUUUCUUUGGUUGCAUUGCUUUUGUUUUGUUCUUGUGAUUGGGUUUUUGAUCAUGCAUCUGUCAUGUCCUCUUCUCUCGGAAUACUAGACAAUUCGAAUUCUUAUUGCCCCAGUCCGUCAUACAGCUGAAAUCCGAAAGUCC